AUGUCAAUCGAAGAAUCGGCGAAAAGAAAAAGGCAAAAGUACUACAAGUUUAUUGAUUCACGCAUAAAGCGUCUAAAAUCAUACAAUGAAGAAUCACUUUUUGAGCAAGAACUUGAGAAAAUCAUUAAGGAACUAACCGCAGUAAUACCAAAGAAAGGUUUAAAUAUUGGACAGUUGAAUAUACUAAUUGAUAUCAUAAAAGAUAAAACAAAUGUUGCACAAUUCAAAACUUCCCACAAAACAAAACUAUUAAAUAUCUUACGAUGCUUUGAUCUGGUAGAUUUUGAUACUGUCUUAAAAGUUCUAAACUGCUUUAGGGCACCACUAUAUUCGAAUGGUAAAGUUACGACAAACCGCAAAAUCCAGCAGAGACUCUCAUUUUGGCUUAUAGAGAAUAUAUGUAACUUUGACUGGGACAGGAGAUUUCUUUUACUACUACCGAUAAUUUUCAACUUGCUAUCUAUAGGAUAUAUAAGAAAGGAUAUAGCCACCUUGUUGACAUACCUUUUGGAGAUUGGAAAAUCCAGUAUAGAUCAAAAAUUUGAUACAGGACAUUUUAUAAAUGAGUAUAAAAUAUGUAUACUCAGCAAAUAUCUUAAGAAAGAUGACAGUGUAUUGCCUUUGGCAUUACUUUUUGAUCGAUAUUUAACCGCCCAUCAAGAUGAAUACAGCCUUUCAAUUUAUUAUGCAUUUCACAAUUUAACUUCCCGAAGGCUGUCAGACAAGAAGCAGUUGUUAGUAAAUGCUUCUCUACUUGGAAAGGAUAUACUAGGAGAUAUAAAGAAUGCAGCAGUUUUGUACUAUAAUGAUGUUGGAAAGGAUGCUUCUGAUCCUGAAAUACGUCAGUUUCUUACCUUUGAUCAGCACUGCAGCAUAAUUGGCGAUGCUUAUGACCGUUUUACUUCUAUUGCAAAUGCAUUAAUGCUUCCCCCAGCAAAAAGACAAAAAACAUCAAGCAGUUUCAUUAAACAGGCAGCAGAGUACAAGCCAAUAUUCAACUUAAAUUUUACUACUUUUGAUGAUUUUUGUAAGCUACUCGGACAGAAGAGUAUGCAGUGCAAUAUUUAUGAACUUAUGACAUUUUUCAGUGGGAGAAAGUUUUAUGAAGAUACAAGUGAUGCAAGUUCAACCGAUGGCUCACCACUAAUUCUCACUUUAUUAAAGGUACUACUGAUAUUUGAUGAGAACAAUUUAGAUACGUCUAUUAAGAUGUUCGGUUCGAAAGAUCGGAAUGCUGAAUUUGAAAAUAACUUUCUUGAAAUGGCGAAAUUUACAUUAACACUAUCAAAAUCAAUCGAGCAGAGAAUAUUUUCAGAUCCAUGUCCAACAGUUACUAAUUUGAAGCUGAUCGAGUUUUUAAGUUUUAAAAAAUGGGGUGAAAUUGAGCCGUUCUUGAUAUCAAUUUUUGAUUCAAUUGAAGAUGGGCAACGUAUCUCUGAGAUAGUAACUUCGCUUUGUAAGAUGCUGCAAUGCUGGAUGAUUCAAUUUCAUACUUCCGAUAAUUUGGAUAUAAAUGAUGUGUUUCAAUCGAUUAAUCGUUGUAUACAGUUUGUUAUUAAUACUGUUGUUCGAUCAUUCCAGCGUAAGUUUGAUAUUGAUACUGCAUUUAGCAUAUUGUGGGUUCUACAUUUGAUGCAACAUAUGCCAAAAGAUUUCAUUUUCAUUAACAAUUUAGUGUUACCACCCUCAAUUGCAUAUUGCAUGGUAUUUUCGAAUAAUCCACUUCUCGUUGACAGUUUUUGUCGCCAUGUCGAUUAUUGUAAAUUAUAUUUCUCACAAUACGGCUCGACAUAUAUCCUCAAUAGAUCUUCCGGUAUACGAGUGGAAAAUGAUAUAAACCGUGAGUUGAGCGUCGUUAAUCUUCAAUCAUUAAAGAAUUUGCAUAACUCAUAUGUCAUGGACAUGUGCAAUAUCAUCUGGAGAAACAAAUCUUUCGACGGUGGUCCAAAAUCCACUGGAAAGGGUUUUAUGAUGCCUCGCGAAUUUGUUAGUCGUCUUCUUAGACUUUCGUCGCAUACAUUUAUUUCAGAUAGUGAUAUAUCAUAUGUGGAGAGUGCAAAGCAGACAUUCAAUUUGUUUUAUUCGCCUGCCUUUUCUUCGCUUAUUUACGGAAUUAUUCAUAAGAGGGAGUUGGAGAAGAGUACUGGAAUAAGUCUCACAACUCCGUUGAAUCAACAUACCUUUGACAAGUUGUCCCGCGAUGGAAAUUGGAUCAUUCAAGAGUAUGGUCCUGACGCAUACGAUAAGUUUCGGGUUUUCUUAUUGGAGCAGUUAAGUACGUUGGGAUUUUAUGGCGUCCCGGAAUUACUCUUUAGUUCACUAAAAAGUUUGUCAAAGAUGAAGUCCAAGGGUUAUAAGAGAACAUAA